AUGGCCCUGGCCACGACGGCUCCGGCCGCCAGCGUGUGGAAGCAAUUUGCAGGCUGGCGGGGCUGCCGGACGCUUCCGCUCCCUGCCGCCGGCCAGGUCGCAGGGCCCCACGGACACGGCAGUGCCCGGUGGCGGCUCCUCAUUAGCACAGGAUGCAGCACAAGGCUGCUGAGUAACAACAAGAUCACGGUGCUGGAGAACGGCUCCUUCUUCGGGCUGCGGGCUCUGGAGAAGCUGGACCUGAAGAACAACCUGAUCAGCACGGUCCAGCCGGGCGCCUUCCUCGGCCUCCCUGAGCUGAAACGUCUGGACCUCUCCAACAACCGCAUCGGCUGCCUGAGCGCCAGUGUCUUCCAGGGGCUCCCCAACCUCCUCAGGCUGAACAUGUCUGGGAACAUUUUCUCCAGCCUCCCGCCUGGUGUCUUCGAUGAGCUCCCCUCCCUGAAAGUCGUGGACUUUGCCACCGAGUACCUGACGUGCGACUGCAACCUGCGGUGGGUGCUGCCCUGGGCUCGCAACCGCUCGGCGCAGAUCUCGGAGCGGACGGCGUGCGUUUACCCCCGGCACCUCCACGCCUUCCCCCUGCGCAGUGCGCGGGAGAACCAGCUCCGUUGCGAUGGGGAUGGGGACGGACACUCGUGGCUGCAUGGCUUGCUGGUUUGCGGGUACCAAGUGCCAUGGGUGGGAUGCCAAGUGUGGGCCCCUCCUGUGCUUCGUGGUGUGUGUCCCCACGUGUCCAAGCUUGGGGGACCACUGCUGUGGGUUUGCUGUGGGCCAGACCCACUGUGCCAGCUUGUCCCCUCUGCCUGCAGCGAGCUCAUCCUCUCCAACAUCCACGUCUCUGCCAAUGGCGAGUGGGAGUGUUCCGUCUCCACCUCCCAGGGCAAUGUCAGCAAGAAGGUGGAGAUCGUGGUGCUGGAGACAUCCGCGUCCUACUGCCCUGCCGAGCGGGUCACCAACAACCGUGGCGACUUCAGGUGGCCCCGCACCCUGGCAGGCAUCACCGCCUACCAGCCCUGCCUGCAGUACCCCUUCGCCGCGGGGCCGGCUGGCGGGGGCUCGGCGGCGGAGAAGCAGGCAUGGCGGCGCUGCGACCGCGCCGGGCGCUGGGAAGAGGGCGACUACUCCCACUGCCUCUACACCAACGACAUCACCCGCGUCCUCUACACCUUCGUGCUGAUGCCCAUCAAUGCCUCCAACGCCCUGACCCUGGCUCACCAGCUCCGUGUCUACACAGCCGAGGCGGCCAACUUCUCGGACAUGGUUGAUGUCCUCUACGUGGCCCAGAUGAUAGAGAAGUUUAUUGGCUACGUGGACCAGAUCAAGCAGCUGACGGACGUGAUCGUGGAGAUGGCCAGCAACAUCAUGCUGGUGGACGACCACAUCCUGUGGAUGUCGCAGAAGGAGGAGAAGGCUUGCACCAGCAUCGUCCGCUCCCUGGAGAAGAUCGCUGCCCACACACUCAGCAGCAACUCCCAGCACAUGGCGGUGAACUCACGCAACAUCGCCUUCGAGGCAUACGUGGUGAAGCCCGAGAGCUACGUGGGGCUGAGCUGCGUGGCUUUCCAGCGGCGAGAUGGGGGUCCAGCUGGGCGUUCCCCCCCAGCUGAGCGGGGGGCCGAGCCCGUGCCCGACCAGCAGCUGAGGCUGCGCUGCACCACGGGGCGCCCCAAUGUCUCCCUGACCAGCUUCCACAUCAAGAACAGCAUCGCCCUGGCCUCCAUCCAGCUGCCGCCCAGCCUCUUCACCAGCCCUGUCCCAUCCACGCCACUGGCUGACUGCAAGCUCCAGCUGCUGGUCUUCCGCAAUGGCAAGCUCUUCUGCAGCACGGGCAACUCCUCCCGCUUGGCCGACGAUGGCAAGCGCCGCAGCGUGGCUACGCCGGUCAUCUACGCUGGGACCUAUGGCUGCGGAGUGGGAAACCUGUCAGAGCCAGUGGCCGUGUCGCUGCGGCACCCUGGGGAGGGUGCGGACCCGGUGGCUGCAUACUGGAACUUCGAGGUGCUGGGGGGCAUGGGGGGCUGGAGCGCCGAGGGGUGCCAGCUGGCCGCCCGGGAGCCCAACGUCACCUCCCUACACUGCCGGCACCUCAGCAACGUGGCUGUGCUCAUGGAGCUGAGCGGUUUCCCCAGCGAGGCGCGAGGCGCGGUGGAGGUGCUGCACCCGGCCAUGUACACCUGCACGGCUGUGCUGCUGCUCUGCCUCUUCACCACCAUCAUCACCUACAUCGUCAACCACGGCACCAUCCUCAUCCCGCGGAAAGGCUGGCACAUGCUGCUUAACCUCUGCUUCCACAUCGCCAUGACAGCUGCCAUCUUCGCGGGAGGCAUCACCCUCACUGGCUACCUGAUCGUCUGCCAAGCGGUCGGCAUCAUCUUGCACUACUCCUCCCUCUCCACCCUGCUGUGGAUGGCCGUGAAAGCCCGAGUGCUUUACAAGGAAGUGACCUGGAAGGCACCGCAGCAGCCGGACGGGGAAGCAUCCCAGCCGGCCCCCAGACCCAUGCUACGGUUCUACCUGAUCGCCGGCGGGAUCCCCCUCAUCAUCUGCGGGAUCACAGCAGCUGUCAACAUCCACAACUACCAUGACAACAACCCCUACUGCUGGCUGGUGUGGCGGCCCAGCUUAGGGGCUUUCUACGUCCCCGUGGCUUUCAUUUUGCUCGUUACCUGGAUUUAUUUUCUCUGCGCCGGGCUCAGCCUCCAGUGCCAACCGUCGCGCCGAAAAGACAUCCCCGAGCCGCUGGAGCCACCACCACGGCUGGGGGGUACCGGUGACCUCCUGACAGACUCCGGGUCCAUCUCGGUCACGCUGAACUCAGGGCCGCCCUGCCCCGAGGCGGAUGGCGUCUACUCUCUGCAGGUGCAAUUCUGGGCACUGGUGAUCACCCACGCCUUGUACAUCGCCCUGUGGACGUUCGGCGCCAUGGCCGUGUCCCAGCGCUGGUACCUGAACAUCGUCUUCAGCUGCCUCUACGGCGUCACCGCCGUGGUGCUGGGAUUCUUCAUCUUCAUCCACCACUGUGUCCGGCGCCGGGACGUCCUCAACUCCUGGUUCUCCUGCUGCCCCUCCUACAGGAAUGCGCUGCCCAUGCAGGCGUAUGUCCACCCUGGGCUGGUGCCAGAGGAUGGCUCGCAGGUCUUCAUCGGCUGCGACCCAGAGGCAGCUCACUCCGCUGCCUCCUCCUCCUCCUCGCCCAGCAGCGCCAGCUCGGCCGGGGGCCGCUGCAAGCUCACCAACCUGCAAGUAGCCCAGAGCCAGGCGGACACCCGCCCGGCCGCCUGCCCGGAGCCGGACCCCACUGAUGGCAAGAUCACCGGUGCCAGCAGGCACACCAGCAACCUCCACGGCCGCAGGAAUCACCGGGGCAGAACUAAACCCUGCCGGGACGGGAAGCACCACCGCUUGAAAAUGCUGCGGGGCCCCUCCUCAGAGCAUCCCUCCAGCGAGAGCGGGAGCAUCCACAACAGCCACUCCGAGAGCUACCACAGCGGCAGGAAUAGCCCCGUCAGCAGUGGCCGUGUGGGGCCACGGCCCCCCCAGGAUGGGGAGACGGUGCCCAGCCACUCGGAAGGCAGCGAUGGCAGUCGGCGGGCGCCAGACUUUGCCGAGGCUCGCCGGAGGAGCGCCAGCAGGGACAACCUGCGGCAGGCCAGCGCCGCCGAGAAGGAGGCAAAGCGCCGGUCCUACCCACUCAACGUGGCCAGCCAUAACGGCGGCUUCAAGGGCAGCAAAUACGACAUCAACCUGGCCAGCACCGACAGCGUGGCCGGGAUGAAGACCGGCCUCUGGAAGAGCGAAACCACCGUGUAAAGGUGGGGAAGGACCGGAUGGCCGCAGCACCGCAGCAUUUUCCUCUGGGAGCCGCGG